AUGGGCAAGAUCGAUGAGAACGAGAGGAUAAUCCUCAACGUGGGGGGCACCAGGCACGAAACCUAUCGGAGUACUCUAAAGACCGUGCCCGGGACCCGACUGGCAUUACUGGCAUGCGAAUCUACAAGCGACCAUGAGCUGGACCAGCAGCCGGUCCCAGGGACCUUCCAGGGCACCUGUCGUGGCAAUGAGUUCUUCUUUGAUCGCCACCCUGGGGUCUUCGCUUAUGUUCUCAACUAUUAUCGCACUGGCAAGCUGCAUUGCCCAGCGGAUGUGUGCGGACCCCUCUUUGAGGAGGAGCUGGCAUUUUGGGGCAUUGAUGAAACGGACGUGGAGCCCUGUUGCUGGAUGACUUAUCGCCAGCACCGAGAUGCGGAGGAAGCGCUAGAUAUAUUCGAGACUCCCGAUCUGAUUACUGGAGAACCACCGCCUAUAGAUGAGGAUGAGGAGGACUUGGGCACGAGGCUUGGGAUAGAGGACGUUGUGGGUCCUGAUGGGAGGGUUGGACGCUGGAGAAGGCUGCGGCCCCGCAUGUGGGCUUUAUUUGAAGAUCCUUAUUCUUCCAGAGCCGCCAGGUUCAUCGCCUUUGCUUCCUUGUUCUUCAUCUUAGUAUCUAUAACGACGUUUUGUCUGGAGACUCAUGAAGCAUUUAAUUCCAUCAUCAAUAAAACUGAAACUGUGAAUAAUGGCACAGAAAUUGUGUCAUUAAUUGAGACUGACCCUGCAUUGACAUAUGUUGAAGGAGUUUGUGUGGUAUGGUUUACAUUUGAGUUUUUAGUACGUGUCACUUUCUGCCCUGACAAACUUGAAUUCAUCAGAAAUCUACUAAACAUUAUAGAUUUUGUGGCUAUAUUGCCAUUUUACCUGGAGGUUGGACUAAGUGGGCUUUCCUCCAAAGCUGCUAAGGAUGUAUUAGGAUUCCUCAGGGUUGUGAGAUUUGUCCGAAUCCUCCGAAUUUUUAAACUAACCCGACAUUUUGUAGGACUAAGAGUGCUUGGGCACACUCUUCGAGCUAGCACUAAUGAAUUUUUGCUUCUCAUAAUAUUUUUGGCUCUAGGAGUCUUAAUAUUUGCCACAAUGAUCUACUAUGCGGAGAGAAUAGGUGCCAGUCCAAAUGAUCCUUCAGCAAGCAAGCAUACACAGUUUAAAAAUAUUCCCAUUGGUUUCUGGUGGGCUGUGGUUACUAUGACCACAUUAGGAUAUGGUGACAUGUAUCCUCAGACUUGGUCAGGAAUGCUGGUAGGAGCACUAUGUGCGUUGGCUGGUGUACUUACAAUUGCAAUGCCUGUUCCAGUCAUUGUUAACAAUUUUGGAAUGUACUACUCCCUUGCUAUGGCAAAACAGAAACUUCCAAGAAAAAGAAAGAAAUACAUUCCACAUGGACCUCAGGCUGGCUCUCCUACAUUCUGCAAGAUGGAUCUUAAUAUGGGAUGCAACAGUACACAGGCGGAUGCAUGUCUUGGUAAAGACAACCGACUAAUGGAGCACAACAUGUCAGGCGAGGAUAGCUCAGGAAGUGACCAACCACUAUCACCUGGAGAAAGGCACCCGAUGAGACGAUCUAGCACCAGGGACAAAAACAGAAGAGCAGGAACAUGUUUUCUCCUGACAGCAGGUGAUUACUCGUGCAAUACUGAUGGAGGGAUUCGGAAAGGAUAUGAGAAAUCCCGAAGUUUAAACAACAUAGCUGGCCUGACUGGCAAUGCCUUGAGACUGUCUCCAGUAACAUCACCCUACAGUUCACCUUGUCCUCUCAGACGAUCUCGGUCUCCUAUCCCAUCUAUCUUAUAA